ACAUUUUGCCCAAGCGCAUGCGCAAAAUGCAUAGAGACGUGAAGCUUUAUCGUCAACAACCCCGCGAAUUUGUACCGUCCUAGAUCAUUAUACCAUUUAAUUUGGAGGGAAAUCGGUUUCUUUUGAAUAAAUAUCACCAUGAAAGGAAGUAAAAAGAAUGCUGGAAAUCAGGCAAAAGAAUUCCACUUUCUAAAAGAAUCGAGAGAGUCCCUUGAAAAAAUGUUCAAAGAUCUAACCAAAGAGAAUAUCGGUACCCUGAAAGAAGGAAAGUUGGAUAGAUCACAGUUUAGAGACGUGCUUCACUCAAUAUUUAAGAUGACAGAUGAUGUUAUAAUGGACAGAGUCUUGAGAGCAUUUGAUAAGAAUAACGAUGCCUGCAUCUCCAAGGAUGAAUGGUUAUCAGGUCUCUCCGUCUAUCUGGAAGGAAACCUGGAAGAGAAAAUUCAAUUUUGUUUCCAGGUGUAUGAUCUUAACAGCGAUGGCCAUAUUUCAAGAGAGGAGAUGUUUCAUCUUCUAAAGACAUCAAUGGUGAAGCAACCGACUGAGGAAGACCCUGAGGAGGGAAUCAAAGAUCUGGUCGAGAUCCUCAUCAAGAAAAUGGAUAUUGAUCACGACGGGAAGCUGUCCUAUCAAGAUUUCAGGACAUCCGUAUAUGCUGAGCCGCUACUCCUAGAAUGCUUCGGGACAUGUUUACCGGAACAGAGGACUUGCGAGAAUUUCAUGGCGGCAUGCAAACGACGGAUGAUGGAGGAUCCUCUGUUUCCAGAGUAAUUGAUUCAUUCAUGGCAAUGUUUGCAGUACCAAACCCAUAGCAAGUUCCGGCAAGAAGUCCAGCACUCGUUACAAUGAUUCCAUACUUUAUAUAUCUUUAAAAAAUAUAUAUUUAUUAUAGAGCACGGCGUGGGAGAACAUCACCCAAAACAUGCAUGUUCAAUGUGUUAAUACACUGCUUGUAUUUUUAUUUAAAAGAAAAGAAAAAAUUAUACUGUCAUAGUGUCAAUUUCUUUGGUGCCUUGUUACACGAAAGAUACAAAUGAUCUUACGAUUGAUAUAAGCCACUACUAUUUGGCAAACAAAGCCUAUUUACUAUUGAUCAUACAAUUGAUAAUGAUUGUGAUUCUUUUCAUGUAACAGUGUACUGAUAUAAUGAAAAUGCUUACUAGUGGUCAGCAUGCGGCGUGCACCUCAGCGAAGAUUCUAGUAAAGUUCUGAUGGGUGUUACAUAAAGUGGUUCGUUCGUAAGUUACUUGUACAAGCUGCUUUAUGAACGACUGGUGAUCCUUAAUUCUAAGGAGCUAAAGCAACACCAAUGAAAAUUGGCCAUUUGGUGCACACAGUUUUCACCCAAAAAAUAGGAUCACCAUUCAUUCAUAAAGUCAAUCGUAACUUACGAACAGCUUUAUGAAACACCUACCUAGUAAAGCUCAAUCACUGGUGUCCAAAGAAUGAUAUUUAUAAAUAUGAAAAUUCCCCACUCCCUUUCGUGGCUUAAUGUAUAUAUAUAUAUCAGGCUCUGAAAACAUCUAGGAUAGCUUGCAUAGUAUUUUUUUAAUUUUAUGAUUCAAUAGUUGACACUGGGUUAUUUGUUUGUGUUUCAAGGUAAAAUUGAAUGUGAAUAGAAAUUUGUAAAUAAAUUUUGUUUUGUAUGUUCUCUUCAUAUUGUAUGAUGAAGCUUUCUCUUGUAUAAAAUACUUUCUGUGGCCGUCCUCUCUAAAUUCAAUUACUGUAUAUAUACAGAGAUGUUGUUAAUGAAAAUAUAUUUUGCACUUGAAGUUCUUGAACUUAAGAUAUUACAUUGAUAUACUGAAGCCAAUAUUUUGUGAAUUCAUUCUAUAUAUCAUACAUUUUGGUGUAUUCCAUUCAGGAUUGUUACAUCGUGUCUUUCACUAAGUUAAUUAGUUAGUGUUGGUUGUUGAAAAGCCGAGGGUAGCACUUUUGGGGGAAGGGGUGAAUUGAAGUAAGGGUGACCGGGGGGGGGGGGAGGUCUCAAAGAGAAAAAUAAGGGUGUUAUAACCCGGCGACUUAUCUUUGAUAUAUAGUAGUUUGAGAUGAUGUCACAGUGCAGGAUAUGACAAAGGGAAACCUGUGCAUUACACUGCAAAAACACUGGUGUUAAUUUAACACCAGCCUGGUAUCUAUAUCAGAAAACACCAGAGAGGUGUUGAAACAACACCUGUUUGGCAUUAGGCUAACACCAGAUAGGCAUUAAAGCAACACCAAUUAGGCAUUAAAGCAACACCAAUUAGUGUUAAAACAAGUAUCGGUUUGAUUCUAAACUGGUGUUGUUUCAACACUUCUCAGUUGUUUUCCGAUAUAGAUACCAGGCUGUUGUUAAAAUAACACCGGCGAUUUGGCAGUGUAUAUAGACCAUAAAAACAAUGACUUUUCAUGGUUUUCAUGGUGCACAGGGUUUAAUUGUUGUUCUCCUAACAUUUUCUAUUUGUAGGAAUGCUCUUUCUCUUCUUUGUUCUUUUCCCUCAUUUUUAUUUCAUUGCUUUAUAUUUGUUACGAGAGAAAUCAUGAGGGAAGUCGCCCCAUACCAGCCGCCCCCCCCCCCCCAUCCCCAUGGUGCUGCCUUUGGUGAUGGGUCUGGGUUUGUUGCAAAAAGAAAAAUGAAACGGAAAUCCUAAAAUCAAUACUACUUGAUUUCAACCAAUAUAGCAAGCAUAUUUGGGACUUAUGCUUGAUUUUUUUUUUAGUAGCAUUUAAAUUCAACUCUUUGUGUAACAGGCUGCCGAAGUUGCAAGCAACUAGUAUACCACUUUUCAUGAACUUGAAAAGAAAGGAAAGAAAUUAAAGAACUGAAGAAUAAUGUGCUAGUUCUAUGAGCUAUAAGGAAGGUGUUGUCUGUAUUUGUUGUUUUAUUAUGCUUGUACCUUAAGAAUAAAAAAGAAUUACAUGUGAAAUAGAGAAACAAAAUCAAA